UGCCCCCCCUCCAGCUGCGCGCGCCCGGUGGGCGUGGGAGGAGGCGUGGAAGCAGGGAGGGGGCGGGUGUCGCGGGAGGGAAGGAGCGAACCGGAGAGCCUCGUCCUGAGGAGGAGUGAAGGCGGCAAAAUGGCGGACCGCUUCUCCCGCUUCAACGAGGACAGAGACUUUCAGGGUAAUCACUUUGAUCAGUAUGAAGAAGGACACUUGGAGAUUGAACAAGCAUCCCUUGACAAGCCUAUAGAAUCGGAUAAUAUUGGACACCGCUUACUCCAGAAACAUGGGUGGAAGCUGGGCCAGGGAUUGGGAAAAUCUCUUCAGGGGAGAACAGAUCCUAUUCCAAUCGUUGUCAAGUAUGAUGUCAUGGGCAUGGGUCGCAUGGAAAUGGAGCUGGAUUAUGCCGAAGAUGCUACCGAAAGGCGUCGUGUCCUAGAAGUAGAAAAAGAAGACACAGAAGAGCUGAGGCAAAAGUACAAGGAUUAUGUUGACAAAGAAAAGGCAAUCGCAAAAGCCUUAGAAGAUCUUAGAGCCAACUUUUACUGUGAACUCUGUGAUAAACAGUACCAGAAACAUCAGGAAUUUGACAACCACAUUAACUCUUAUGAUCAUGCACACAAGCAGAGAUUAAAAGAUCUCAAGCAGAGAGAGUUUGCCAGAAAUGUCUCUUCAAGAUCCCGCAAAGAUGAAAAGAAGCAAGAAAAAGCCCUUCGGAGGCUCCAUGAGUUGGCAGAACAAAGAAAACAAGCUGAAUGUGCUCCUGGAAGUGGUCCCAUGUUCAGACCAACCACAGUGGCUGUAGAUGAAGAUGGUGGAGAUGAGGAUAAAGAUGAGUCAUCAACAAACAGCGGUGCAAGUGCUGCUUCUUCUUGUGGCCUUGGAUCUGAAUUCUCCACAGAUAAAGGGGGCUCCUUCACUGCAGUACAGAUUACCAAUACCACUGGAUUGGCACAGGCUCCUGGGUUAGCCUCCCAAGGUAUCAGCUUUGGCAUUAAGAAUAAUCUGGGACCCCCACUGCAAAAAUUGGGAGUGUCAUUUUCCUUUGCCAAGAAGGCUCCCGUCAAACUUGAAUCAAUAGCAUCUGUUUUCAAAGACCAUGCAGAGGAAGGGACCCCUGAAGAUGAAACAAAAGCAGAUGAGAAGAGUUCUGACCCGGGGGUACAAAAGGUGGGAGACACUGAUGGGAGUGGCAAUCUUGAUGGAAAGAAGGAAGAUGAGGACCCUCCAGAUGGAGGGUCCCUUGCCUCAACGCUGUCCAAGUUAAAAAGGAUGAAGCGCGAAGAAGGAACCGGAGCUACAGAGCCAGAAUAUUACCACUACAUCCCCCCAGCUCACUGCAAAGUCAAACCUAAUUUUCCCUUCUUACUCUUUAUGAGAGCCAGUGAACAAAUGGAAGGUGACCAUGGUACACACUCAAAGAAUGCCCCAGACAACAAAAAAAGCAGCUCUCCCAAGCCUAAAGGUUGCACUAAGGCGGCAGCAAGCCAAGGAGCAGAAAAGACGGUUAAUGAAGUCUCUGGGCCACAAAAGGAAACCACUGUGGCUGAGCCUUCAGAGCCUGGAAACAAAACUGAGACAAAGAAGGGCUCAGGAGGAGGUGUUGGUGAGCAGAGUGUGGAGAGUCGGGAGCCUUCCGAGAGCCAGAUGCGUGAAUCCAAUCCUAAAGUUUCUCAGGCCACCUCAGCAGCAAAGGCAGGCCAAGGACCCAAACAUCCCACUGGUCCUUUCUUUCCAGUUUUGAGCAAGGAUGAAAGUACUGCCCUCCAGUGGCCAUCAGAACUAUUGAUUUUCACCAAAGCAGAACCCUCUAUUUCCUACAGUUGUAAUCCUUUAUACUUUGACUUUAAACUUUCAAGAAACAAAGAUACCAGAGCUAAAGGAACAGAAAAACCAAAAGAUGACGGAGGGUCCUCAAAGGAUCAGCUCCAGAGCCUUGAUCCUGGAGAGCCGGACAGAAGCAAGGAGGGCGAUGAGCCUGCUUCAGAGACUGCCUGUAGCAGCCUGGAUAAGCAGGAGCCUGGUGGGAGCCAUGGGUCAGAGACCGAAGACACAGGAAGAAGCCAUCCUAGCAAGAAAGAACCAUCAGGCAAGUCCCACAGACACAAAAAGAAAAAGAAACACAAAAAAUCCAAUAAGCACAAACGGAAACACAAGGCUGACAUAGAAGAGAAAAGUUCUAAGGUAGAGUCUGGCGAGAAAUCUAAGAAGCGCAAAAAAAGAAAACGAAAGAAGAACAAGUCAUCAGCUCCAGCUGAUUCUGAACGAGGACCCAAACCAGAACCCCCUGGGAGCGGUAGCCCUGCACCACCAAGAAGACGACGCCGGGCCCAAGAUGAUUCCCAACGGAGAUCCCUUCCUGCUGAAGAAGGAAAUAGUAGCAAGAAGGAUGAUGGUGGAGGUGGUAGCAGCUCCCAAGAUCACAGUGGGAGGAAACAGAAAGGAGAACCUCCGGCGUCAUCCUGCCAGCGGAGAGCUGGCACCAAACAUAGCAGCCACUCCAGCCACCGGAGCCAACCCAGUAGUGGGGAUGAGGAUAGUGAUGAUGCCUCUUCUCACAGGCUGCACCAGCAGUCUCCAUCCCAGUACAGUGAGGAGGAAGAGGAAGAAGAAGAGGAGGAGGAGGAGGAAGACUCGGGCAGUGAGCAUUCUCGUAGCCGCUCUCGAUCAGGCCGUCGCCAUUCCUCCCACCGUUCCUCCCGGCGUUCUUACUCAAGCAGCUCUGAUGCUUCUUCAGACCAGAGCUGCUAUAGUAGACAGCAUAGUUACUCUGAUGAUAGCUACAGUGACUAUAGUGACCGAUCACGAAGGCACUCAAAGCGCUCUCAUGAUUCAGAUGAUUCAGACUAUGCCAGCUCCAAACACAGGUCCAAACGACACAAGUACUCAUCAUCUGAUGAUGACUAUAGCCUCAGUUGCAGCCAGUCCCGAAGCCGAUCUCGGAGUCAUAGUAGGGAGCGCUCAAGAUCCCGGGGCCGAAGCCGCAGCAGCAGCUGUAGUCGCAGUCGAAGCAAGAGGAGAAGUCGCAGUACCACAGCCCACAGCUGGCAGCGAAGCCGGAGCUAUAGUCGGGAUCGCAGCCGCAGCACCAGGAGCCCAUCCCAAAGAUCAGGCUCCAGAAAGGGGUCGUGGGGUCACGAGAGCCCGGAGGAGAGACGCUCUGGCCGUCGGGAUUUCAUUCGCUCAAAGAUCUACCGCUCUCAGUCACCUCAUUAUUUCCGAUCAGGUCGGGGAGAAGGUCCUGGAAAGAAAGAAGAUGGCAGAGGAGAUGACAGUAAAGGAACAAGCCUACCCUCCCAGAAUAGCAGUACUGGCACAGGAAGGGGGUCGGAAAGUGACUGCAGUCCUGAAGAUAAGAAUUCUGUCACUGCCAGACUGCUACUAGAGAAGAUUCAGUCCAGGAAAGUGGAGAGGAAACCCAAUGUGUGCGAGGAGGUGCUGGCCACCCCUAAUAAGACUGGCCUCAAGUACAAGAAUCCCCCACAAGGUUACUUCGGGCCCAAGCUCCCCCCUUCUCUUGGUAGUAAGCCUGUCUUUCCACUGAUAGGGAAGCUUCCAACUACCCGGAAGCCCAAUAAGAAAUGUGAAGAGUCUGGCUUGGAAAGGGGUGAAGAGCAGGAACAGUCAGAGCCAGAAGAAGGGUCCCCAGGGAGUAAUGAUGCUCCAUUUGGGCAUCAGUUCCCAGAGGAAACAGCUGGUCCCUUAUCAGACCCUCCCCCAGAAGAGCCAAAGUCUGAAGAAGCGACUGCUGAUCAUUCUGUGGCUCCACUAGGCACCCCAGCACACACUGACUGCUAUCCUGGGGAUCCAGCCGUCUCCCAUAACUACCUCCCUGACCCCAGUGAUGGGGAUACCCUGGAGUCUCUGGAUAGUGGCAGUCAACCAGGCCCUGUGGAAUCCAGCUUGCUGCCUAUAGCCCCAGACCUUGAGCACUUCCCCAGUUAUGCUCCUCCCAGUGGAGAGCCUAGUGUUGAGUCAGCAGAUGGGACAGAGGAUGCUUCCUUGGCUCCCCUCGAGAGCCAGCCCAUCACCUUCACCCCCGAGGAGAUGGAGAAGUACAGCAAGCUCCAGCAGGCUGCACAGCAGCAUAUCCAGCAGCAGCUUCUGGCCAAACAAGUAAAGGCCUUUCCAACCUCAGCAGCCCUGGCCCCAGCCACACCAGCCCUACAGCCCAUCCACAUUCAGCAGCCAGCCACCGCCUCUGCCACCUCCAUCACAACGGUUCAGCAUGCCAUCCUACAGCAUCAUGCUGCCGCUGCUGCCGCUGCCAUCGGCAUUCACCCUCAUCCUCACCCCCAGCCACUUGCCCAAGUACAUCAUAUUCCCCAGCCCCAUCUGACCCCUAUUUCCUUGUCCCAUCUCACGCACUCAAUCAUCCCUGGCCACCCGGCCACCUUUCUUGCUAGCCACCCUAUCCAUAUAAUUCCUGCUUCAGCCAUCCAUCCCGGACCCUUCACUUUCCAUCCUGUCCCUCACGCUGCCCUCUACCCUACCCUGCUUGCACCACGGCCUGCUGCAGCGGCUGCCACGGCCCUCCAUCUUCACCCUCUUCUUCACCCCAUCUUCUCAGGUCAGGACCUGCAGCACCCUCCCAGCCAUGGUACUUGAGUUGGGAGUUGUAAGCUUAAGUUGGGCCAGGGAAGGUGACCUAUUCUUUAUUCUUCCCUUGGGGGUGUUGAGCCAUUUAUACCAGCGAGUAAAAAGCUGGAAUGGGCAGUGUCUUGACAGCCAAAGAAAUGAGUUUUGGCUUGCAGGGAUGGAUUUAAAUUUGAGGUUUGCUUUGGGUUUACUAUCAGGGAUAUCUUCCCCCUUUCUAUUAGUUCCUCCUGUGUUUCUAAGCUAGGGAACACCAGUAAGUGCUACCCACACUCCUCUGCAGCAGACUGUCAAGUAUUGAUACUCCUCCCCUACUUUCUAAUCCUCUGCUCUUCCCCCUCUGUAAGUUUAAAAUGUUUUCCUCCUCUAAUGGAUUGUCACCAAAGCACUUGCCAUGGGCCCAUCUGGUCUUGCCUUCUCAGUGCCACGAGGAAGGCCUGGCUGACUCUUCAGUGGUGGAAACUCCACCACUUUUGGGCAGUGUCUUUGAACAUUGGUGACCUGUUGUCCCAGGUGAGGUGGAAGAGGGAGUCUAACCUAGAACCAAAAGCAACUCAGGCUGCAAUUUGAUCAUUUUCCUUACAAACAGAGCCACGCAUGUGGCACUGCUGUCCUCACGCCCUUCAUCCCAGAAGAUGCAUCUCCAUAUCCCAGAAAAGAAGAUCCUAUCAUGAGUAGAAGCUACGCGGAACACAGAGUCACACGCGCUUCCCAGAGAGGAGCUCAUGUCUGGAGGGUAUAUUUUCUUCUGUUAUGAUGUUUUCUUCUUAAUUUAUAGGAUUUUUUAAUGUAAAAUUGCACUGAACUCUAAACAUAAAUGCUGCUUUUUGUAGCCCAUAUUAAAAAGGUUCCGUAUUUGUAGUAUACUGCAAUAAUAUUUUUUACAUCCAGCUCUUUAAGUGAUCCUUGUUCUGGUGGCUUUCUGUAAAUAUGUUUGCCCUAGUUGAAUUAAGAAACUUUAAAGGUUAUAAAGUUAAAAAAAAUAAAGUAUUUGUUUUCUGCUAGAUGCAAAAAUGACUAAGCAUGUAUAUUUUAUCAAGCUCCUGUAUUUUUUGAAGUUAUGAACUAUAAAAAUGUUAAGACUUCUUUCCCCUGGGCCAAGUGUUAAGUAAUGUGCAGUAAUUGGUUCAUCCUGCAUGGGAUUUUGAGUUAAUGAGCAGUGGCAGCUGCAGGCAUCAGGAGGACACUCAGUCGCAGUCGUUUCCUGAUAUGUACAGAGAAACAGUGGACUCCAUGGAGGAGGGGAAGAUUAGUUCAACAGCUUUGUUCUCUGGAAGCAGUGACACACACUGGUUGUCUGGGAAGAGGGACCCUUUGGUUUCCCUGGGUACCUUGUUCUGGACAGUCUAUUUGCCUUCCUAGUAUUUAGCCCCCUCUGACAAUUUUUUUAAUGUGCCUUUUGGGUUGGCUAGAAACUAACAUAGAAGUAGACCAGAGGAUAAUAGAGUUGGACAGUUUUCUCCUCAUUUUGUUGGGAGGUGAGCACAUCUAUAGGUUCUUGGAGGGCUUUGGCUUCACAGUUCUGUGCGUCUGCCCAGCUUGAUUCCAGCAGUAGAGGUUCCUUUGUUCUUUUCUCCUGUGACACUGACCAGAAGUGCAACAGUCCCUCUUCCCCUCUUGCCUUCACCCAGGCUCUCAGCCCUAGUAACACUCUGACCCAAAGGUGCUUGUAAUGCAGGUCUCAUCUCUGUUGUUAGUGCUCAUCUCAGUCAGCUGACAAGAUAAACCCUACUUGCCUAGGCCAAGGGUCUCUAUCCAUGCCUUCUCAGAUCCCCAGAAGGAAGAGAUUUUUGACUUUAUAUAAGAAGCAAGUACUGGGCAAAUGAGGCACUUGGCUGAGCCCCUCCCACCUGCUCAGUCCUCGUCUGAUUCGUAAGGAUCGCUUUUUGGAUAACUAGCCCUGGAAAAAUGAAAUCAUCAAUUUGAAGUGAAGGGACUCAUUUUCCUUGCUUUCAGCCCAUGUAAAUAUUUAAAUAAAACAGUAUUAACAUUUUGUGCUGCUUCCCAUUAGUUGUAGAUUGAGCCCUACUCUGGCCACCUCUCUGCCUUUCUGGAGGCAGUUUUCUUUAACUUCCAGAAUAGUAGUUUUAAAACUGCAGAGAAAAAAGAAAAGGAAAAACAAAAUAACCUAUCCUUACUUACAAGCAUAACAGAUUGUAUUUAACUUUAUCACACAUGAUAGAGAUAUAUAUGCUGUAAAAUGAGGGAAAGGAACUUUCUAAUAAACCAAUGCUUUGUGGAAACUUA